AUGUUUUCGUCAAACCAUUUCGAACUCUCGGAUAUUCCUGAUCUCUCGGGCAAAGUUGCAAUUAUUACCGGCAGCAAUACUGGCAUUGGCAGAGUAUGCGCGCUUGAAAUGGCACGAAAGCACUGUCAAAUCAUCGUAGCUUCCCGAAGUGAAGACAAGGGACAAGCUGUAGUUUCCGAAAUCAAGUCAGCAACUGGAAACGAGAAGGUCGAGUUUGUUAAGUUGGAUUUACUCUCCCUCCAAUCUGUCAAAACAUUCGCCGAUACUUUCAAGUCCAGAUACGACAAAUUACACAUUUUGCUGAACAAUGCAGGUGUUAUGUUGUGUCCAUACGGACUCAGUGAAGAUGGCCUGGAAACCCACUUUGCGACCAAUCAUGUAGCACACUACUACUUGACCAUGCAACUACUUCCUCUCCUGAUCAAAUCAGCGCCGAGCCGUAUUGUAAAUGUCAGUUCCAAGGGCCAUCAAAUGACAUCGCUUUCUGCUCGUAGCUUAGAUAAAGUGAACGAUGAAAAAGGCUAUAAUUCCACUCUUCAGUAUGGUUUAAGCAAGGCUUGUAAUAUCUUAUUCACCCGGGAGUUGGCUAAGCGAUUGGAGUCUAGGGGAAUCCACAAUGUUUACGUUAACAGCAAUCACCCUGGUGUCGUGAAAAGCGAUCUCACUAGGCACGCCAUUGAACAAAAGUCGAUUUGGGCUACAGUUUUAGAAAGUGAUUAUGUCGGUAUCCCGACAGAAAAGGGAUCCCUCACUCAACUCUACUUGGCCACCAGCCCCGAAGUGGAAAGCAUGGAUAUUAAGGGAAAAUAUUACGUUCCUUUCGGAAAACCAGGAUCUGUAAACCCUUACUCAAGAUGUGACAAGAACGCUAUUAAAUUGUGGGAGUUCACGGAAAAGCUUCUGAAGGAGAAAGCGCCUCAGUAUGAAGGUGCACCGAUCUAA